CAAGCAAGAGUGUGUGAAAUAAAAAGGGGGCUUCGCAGUGGACUUCUCGUGACUCGUUCUCAUGAUUUAAUAUUAUUGUACGCAGCACCCAGUUCUCAAUGUUUUUUUAUUCUUCUCUCAAUGUUAUAAUUUAUUUUAAUGUCGGCAUCGGUAGAAUGGAAUUUUUAGUUCUUCCCUAAUCUCUGCUGGAUGUCCUAGACAAGGCUUUUCCUCUUCAUUCCCAUAUCAAACUUUCAAGCAAUUUUAUUCCCCUGCAGAGACAUAGAGAAAUGAGCAAAAUUACGUUUUAAUUUCUUUGUGGAAGUGCAAAUUAACAAUAUUCUCUAGCUCUAUGUAGAAUUUCCACAAAUAAAUUCUUAACCCGAAAAAUAUUAACAGAAUAGCGAAAUAAUCUUAUAGUUGGAAAGCAUUCAAAGAGGCAGCAUUACUCACCUAAUCUUGGCUCUCUAUAUGAGCUCAACGAUAUGGUGGAAGUUCUUUCUUCUCGAUCAUCGGCAGUUCAGUCGGGAGUUCAGUUCAGUGUCUUUCCUCCUCGCAUUUUGAUUUUCUCCGUGGAGAGGUGUGAGGUCAAAUUUUCCAACAAAGACCAACUCUCACGUGGAAAGAGGAGGGAUUGUUUUGCGAUAAGCACCUAAAAAUUUGUGAGCAAUUUGCCAAAGUGUUGCGCUGUGAGAUAUUUUUUUCUCCAUAAACGGUGUGUUAUUACAUCAUCAAAUGAAGUUUCUUACGGAUACCCGGAAGAAAUAGCUGCAUAGCUGCUACAGGAUAUUUUGGGGCUAUAGCCCCCCCCCCCCACGGUGGAAUUGAAGAGAGUCUGAGAAGGAAUUGAAGUAUAUAUAAUAAGAAAUAAGUAGUAAAAUAGAGAAAAAUGAAGGGGAAGACAUUUGGUGAGGAUGGAGCUGAGAAUUCACCUGAUUGCCUUGAUUUGAGCAUCCUUAGGAAACCAAUUUCUACCUCAAUAACAGGAUUUAAUGAAGCACGAAAGGCCUAUGAGAAUGGCACAGAUGAGAUGCGCCAAUUGCUGGCCAAUGAAUGUGACAUUGUGUACGAAUGCAAGGUAUGUCGCAACAUCUUCAGGAGCCUGGCGAAUUUCAUCUCGCACAAGCGUGUGUAUUGCCGUCACAAGUUUAAUGCAUCUCAACACUUCCAUUUUCCCAGUAAUGGUUUCAUUGAUCAGGACAUAUCAACAAUAAUUCAGGCUGAACAAGAGUAUACGAAUUAUAGUGUGAAGGAUAAGCCACCGGAGCAGGUGAGCAAGGAUCUGAGUAGUAUCAUUGAGCGACUCACAGCAAGGAGGAAUGUGGAUAGAGUGAUGAAACUCACUGAUUUCUACGAUCGCGUCAAUCACAAAUUGACCCAAAAUGAAGUUCUGCAGAAGAAUCACGUCCUCCAGCUGGAUGCUACAUCCACGAGUAGUGUAGCUGUCUACCAAACCCUCAAGCAAACUGAUACAGAUAGCAUAAGGACCGAAGUGGAGGAAGUAAGGAGCCUCCUGAUGGACAACAAGACAGUCUUGGGACCAGAUGGAAAGGCUAUCCGAAUGGAUGAAUUGGCACGAAUGCCACCAGUCUGUAGCGUUGAGGAUUUGGAUGGUGCCAUGCAGCAACCGGAGCAAACGAUCUCAUGCGAUAUUUGCCACGUGAAGUUUGCCACGGAGAAGACGCUGAAGCUGCAUUUGGAGGCGAAGCACAUCAAUUCAACUUACGUAUACCCAUGCCCAGCUUGCCCGCAGACAUUCCUUGUGCCUGCUGCCGUCAUUCGGCAUCUCAGUAAUGAUCACAAGAAAUCCUUGAAGCGCAUUCGCCUCAUGCGAGACACAAUCUACAAGAAACGCGUUAGGAUGGACGAAGUACACGUAAAGGGACCUAGCAGGGAAUUGGUGCGCCUUCAGACAGACCAAGAGCGUCAGGAGGCAGAUAAUAAGGCAUGGCUGGAGAAUGUUGAGAAUUACGACGUAAGCCAAUCAAUGUGUACUUACUGCGGGAAGACAUUUGAGCGCCGUGCUGUGCUGACAACGCAUCUGCUCAGUUGUCGGCAGAAGCAGCGAUCAGCCACAGUGACAUCGGGCAUGAUGAAGAAAUUGGAGAAGGCGGACAAGGGUGAGAAGGCUGAUAAGGCUGACAAGGCUGAGAAGAUUGAGAAGAUUGAUAAAGUGGAGAAGCCAAAGAAGAGUGUUGUGGAGGCAAUGAAGGAGAUGAGUCUUGGGCAGCAGGAUGAUAAUUCCAAUUCCUUCGACAGCUGCAUUACAAAUGUGUCAGGAAAUAAGGAGAUUAUCCAGUCAAAUCUGCACAAGAAGCUCAAUGUGAGCAUCGAUGGUGAGGCUGUGGAUUCGGAUAAUUCAAAUGAGAAGAGUGAAAGUGUUGUUGCCCCAGCGCCUGUUGCUGUGCCGACUAAGCGGAAACGGAAGAAGACUGCAAAGGUGGUUGAGGAGAAGGUGGAUCCUCCAAUUGCUCAGGAUGAGGUGUACUGGAGCAUGGAUGAAGGUGGGGAGUUGAGUGUAAAGAAACCACGUGAAUGUCUGCCCCCACCACCACCACCAGCUGCAGCCACAUCGCCCAAUUCCAAGGAUAAAAAGCCCGAGGGAGCGGAAAAGCUGCCCGAGUGUGAUAUUUGCAACAAGACCUUCGUCACCAAGAGCAACUUAAAGCGACACAAUGUCAUGUUUCAUUACUUCAAGAAUCGAUUUCUGUGCACUCUCUGUGAUUUUGGGGCAAAUAAGAAAUUGGAAUUGUUCACCCAUUUGGGGGUAGCACACAGCGUCAUGGGGGAUAAGCAUGUGGUGAAGGAAUUUAUAAAACUGGCCAAGGAGAAUAGAGAUCUGCCCCGAAUGGAGUUAGAUGAAGAAUCCCCCAAGAGACAGAGUACCCCAACAAUUAUCUCCAAAUCCCUCCCAACGAGUCUCUGUCCAUCGCCGCAGACGGUGGAAGAGCCCGUGGAGGAGUCUUCAAAUUCAUCAUCAAUCCCCGAAGCAGGUCCGAAGAAACGAGGACGUCCCAAGGGGAGUAAGAAAUUGAAGAGUCCUCCGAAUAAUGAUGUCACCACCACACAGCGGAAGCAUUCAAAAGAUGAAGAAAAAUCAUCGAAGGAUGAGAAAAAGAAACAUGCUAGUGAGAAUGUUUCAAAGCGCCCCAUCCGGAAUCGCAUAAAGCCCGUCAAUAAGGAUUUUGUGUAUGAUUUGUCGCAUCUCCUGAAGAAGGAUUCUGAAAUCUUUCGGACUCUGUACAUGGAUCAAACUCCGCAGGGAAAGAAGAGAAAUAGAUCAUCCCAGAGUACCAAUAACGUCAGCACACCACCAGAAGUGGAGAAGCCCAAACCCCCUCCAACGACUCCAUCUGUAUCCCAGAAUACAACUCCCGUUAAGGAGGAAAUUCUGCCAGCAGUGGUAGAUGAGAAUUAUAAGAUUGAGAAUAUUAGGGGGGCGGCAUUUACAAUGGCAAAGGCAGAGGUGGCACGACAUGCAGCCACAUUCUCAAAAGUGCCCCCAGCUGUUGAACGCCCUGCAAUUCCGGGAGUUUUCCAGGCACGCUCUCCGGAGGAGGAGGUGCCACAGAAGAACUUUUCUUGGGGCGAAAAAUCCCUCCACGGUGUGUUUAAGAAGGCGGAAAAGGGACACAAGAGGCAGCUUAAGCAGCCACGUAGAAUUUCCGUUGAUGUGAUAAGGAGUGCCCAGAAGCAACGACGUCGCAAGCACAGUACCCCCGUGCUAUCUGUUAGAUCUCCAGACUACAGAAGUGACGACACAAAGUCCACAAAUCGUGCAGAGGAGCAGCCGAACAAGAAGGAGGACUUUGGGGGUGGUGGUGAAAAUGUACCCAAGAGACACACUGAGAAAGACUUUCAGGAAUUCCUGCUGGCCAACCUCAAGGAUUGCUCAUCAACGGAUGAUUCACUCUUUGGGGCGACGCAGAAUAUUUCGCUGAGUUUCACAAAUUCCAACGGUAAGAGGAUCACACUGCUUGAACGUCUGGCCGAGAAUAAGAGCAGAAAGCCCGAUUCUGUGCAUAGGCUUUCAAAUCCCUUUGAGGAUGAUAGUAGCGAUGAGUACUGAAUUCAUACAUUAUUAUUAUUAUAUAUUAAAAAAAAAUACUUCUUAAUAAGUAGUUUACGAACUUUAAAUCUUGUUGAAAUGUAUAAAAUAUAUACACAAUACAAUACUA